AAGAAGAAAUGCUCUGCCUAAUGAAUCUCAGUGUUGUUCUCUCUUCCAUGGUCCUCCUCAUUGUCCAGUCUAGUCAUGGUGCUGAGAUUAUUGGAGGUCAACAAGUACGGCCUCACUCGAUGCCUUUCAUGGCUCUGUUGGAGGGAAAGAAACUAUCCUGUGGAGGAAUACUGAUCAGUCCAGAUUGGGUCCUGACUGCUGCCCACUGCACUGGUAUCAAGACAGUCUUGCUGGGGGUGCACUCCAUAAAAUCAAAAAAAAAGGAAAAGAAUUCGAGGCAGGUCCUUAAGGUGAAGAAACAGAUUCUUCAUCUUCGCUAUGAUAAGACUGACAAAGUUGAUGACCUCAUGUUGCUCAAGCUCAGCAAAUCAGCAAAUGAAACUAAAACAGUAAAAUGGUUCGAUUUGGGUAAAACCAUCAAAGAGCCAGCAGUUGGCUCCACCUGUACGAUGGCUGGAUGGGGGUCGACAAACAAUGCUACCCAAAAAAAAAUGUCUGAUGUCCUGAUGGCAGUCAAUGUGACUGUGGUUGACAGGAUGAAGUGUAACUCUGACUAUUACGACUUCAAACCUCUCAUCACUAAGGACAUGAUAUGUGCUGGUUCAGAUAAUAAAGGCUGUCAGGGUGAUUCAGGUGGACCGCUGUUGUGCAGUGAAACGCUAGUCGGAGUCACUUUUUUUGUAGAGGGUUGUGGCUGGAAGAAAUUUCCUGGAAUUUACACUUUUCUGUCAAAGAAAAAACUGGACUGGAUCAAACACACAAUGAAGAAAUAUGAAAUAUGAUGAGUUCGUCCUGUGAAUGAUUCUGUAUUCUUGAUCAUGUUAAUUACUUCUAUUUUUUAUUUCUUUUAUGCAACAUUCACUUUAUCCUGAUUAGCUGUGCUGUGAAGGAAUUUACACACUCCCACAG